AUGACACGGAUUAUAUAUUUCUGUAUUUACGUUGCAAUUGUAGUGAAUCUUUUAAAUGAUUGUCUUGCCUUAACGGACGAUGAAGUAACUAUUAUGGCCAGUAACUUUCUCGCCACAAGAAAAAACAUCCAUGUUUUAAAUGGAAACAUGAGCUAUUUGGAUUCGGGCCCGGUAGAUGCCAAAUAUGUAGUUGUUUUAUUACACGGAAACCCCACUGCUGCGUAUCUAUGGAGAAAUAUUGCACCGUAUCUCAUUCAACAUGGGAUACGUUGCGUUGCGCCUGAUCUGAUUGGAAUGGGACAUUCAUCAAAAAUUCCUAAUUCGUGGUACUAUGUAUCAGAUCAUGUACGUUAUAUAAAUGAAUGGUUCACAUUGAUGAAGUUUCCACGCAAGAUCAACCUUGUUGUACAUGACUGGGGAGGUCCAUUAGGAUUCAACUGGGCAAUGAACAACAAACGCCGUGUUCAGUCUUUGACCUUUUUUGAGGCACUUGUGACAUAUUCCGAAAAUUUAGAUGCUAUGUACGAUAGCAUGCCCAUAUUUAAAGAAUUUAGGUCGCCAGCGGGAGAAAAGCUAGUUUUAGAAGAAAAUGCAUUCUUUGACUUGUUUUACGAACUAUUGCCUGGCGUUUUGUCUGACAAAGAUAAAGCCGAAUAUUUAGUGCCUUUUUUGGAACCUGGUGAAUCGAGACGUCCUAUGCUUACUUUUCCAAGAGAUCUUCCCAGAAAAUCAGAGCAGCGUAGCUGCUUUGUGAACAAGAUGACGAAAAAGUAUUCAUCGUGGCUUGCCAAGACCAAGAGAUUCCCCAAGCAUGCAAUUCUUGCAUACCCUGGUAUACUAACUCCUGCAAUGGCAGAUACAGUGAAGGACUGGGCAAAUAUUGAGUUCACAAAUGUGACUGGUGACCGCCCAAUGUUACAUUACUUUCAAGAGGAAGCACCAAGACCCCUUGGAAUGGCAAUUGAGAAAAUUCUUGUGAGGGUCUUGAAAAUUAAUACGCCGUUAUAAAAAGAUACUAAAUCUUUUUCCUGAAUUGUUAGAUAUAUGAUAUCUAUGAGCAAUUUUGACGAAUUGCAGGCUAAGCUAACGAAGAUCUUAGAUAUGAGCCCUAAUUUUGGUGACAUUUUAUCAUUGCAAUUCAUAAAACUGUAGCUAAACUGAAUGCUACAUUUUGUUUUUUGAUGUUGUGUACUUAUGGUCCUUGAUUCCUUUUCUCGUAACUUUAGAUAGAGUAUGAAUAAAGA